AUGUUGAAUGAGGUUUCUGCAUCGUUACUGCCCGACCGAUCGAAGUCCUAUCCGACAAUUUACGCCGUGCCUUUUGAAAAUACCGUUGCCGCCCCUCUUGCAAACCGGUCGGUCUCGUUGCCCACGGCCGAUGCGCCAACAGCCUCGAAUAGCCGAUCUUUCAGUACAAGCGCUGCGUCACCUGGUCUAAGUGAUAAACAUGUAUCCGCGCCUAUGUUCUCACGGCUGGGGCCAUCCGAUUCCGUUGGAGAUGAAACCCGAACGAUUCGAUCAGAGGGCGCGUCCUCCUCGCGCAGCGUGCCCGAUAUUGUUGUGAAUGAAUCAGGUUCCCGUCCUAGUUCACGACCGGGUUCAAGGCCGGGUUCUCGACGGUCAGAAAGAAAGCGGAGUGGUUUAAAGAAAUGGUCACUCGAGGUGGAGAGGAAACUUGGCUCGGAGGAGCCUCCGCCAGUUCCCCAAAUCGAACACCCCUUUUCUGGUAUUCCGUUAAACAUUCCGACAGCUUCUUUGGAUGGUUUUCAUAAACCGAUGAAUUUUUCCACUCGCGGGAGUCUAAUUAGGUGUGAUGCGAAACUUCCGCACCCAAAAAUUUCCCAGGAGAAACUGGACGAGCACUCCGAGCAACAACCUGACCCGCCCCAGCAAAUUAUGGAAGAAAAGGAACCUCGUCAAGAGCUAGGUCAACCAGCUCAGGAAGCAUUGGAAGAUAAUUGUGAUCAGCAGUUGGACCGACAGACGUCUGAAAUUGCGCCACCCCCUGCCACUAUCAUGAGCCAGCCCGAAGGAGAAGAUGAAGCACCAAAAGCGGUUCCACGGCACGCCAAACCUCAGGGUACUCUUCGCCCAAGACAGACUAGUCUUCCGGGCAGAGCAAUUUCGGCAGACGAAGACAUGUUAUCCCGGCGAGUUCGGCUGAUGUACGAGAAGGGCGAAGAUGUUACCGACUCCGAGGUUGCGAAAGCAAUGGCCGCAGAAAAUGGUGUCUUAUGGGAAGAGGGUGCGGUCACUUAUACUGAAACCCCUGAAACACUCAGUGCUCAGACGAAUAAGACUGGAACCGAAACCAAACCAAGGCCAUCUGUCGAAGCGGAGCGUAUCCGAAUCAAGAGGGAGACCCAGGAGCUAGCAGGUGGUGCUGAAUAUUGGCAAAAUGUCGGUGCAGAACAAGUUGAUCGUUAUGGCUUCAUUCGACCUGAAAAAAACUCCAAUGGUUCCGAGAUGAACCCCCUCCAGCGAGUCACGACUAGUCUUCUGCUGGCCUCUGAGACACCUCGACGGAAACGUUCCACUCGCCCACCAAGCGCUCCGGCCAGCAACCGUUCCUUCAACGGUUCGUCUCUAGUCCGCAAAAUGUCCCAUAGUUCCCUAAGCGCCCGUCCGUCUUCAUCACAAAGCAAUUUUGGUCUGCCCUUGCGCCGCUCGACCUCUCGUUUGCGUUCAGCGACCAACCAUUUGCCUUACAACCGAGACCGAAAAGCGAAAGAUGAGGCGGCUGAUAUGCUCACUCUGCCAACUUCGUCUGGCGGUGAGAAAGAUGCACCCAUGACUCGCGCAAUGCGAAGGAAGGAAUGGCAACGUGAAGACAAGUGGACCAAGAUGGCUAAGCCGACCAAGAAGACCAAGGACGGCGGCGGUAUGACCUUCGAGUUCGAUACUCAGAGCUCAAAGUUGAUCGAGCGAACUUGGAAAGGUAUUCCAGACCGGUGGCGCUCAACGGCCUGGUACUCAUUCCUUGAGGCCAGUGCACGACGCCACAAGGGCAGCCCGCCUGCGGACAAGCUCGUUGAAGCCUUCAAUGAGCUCCAGCUCAUCUCGUCGCCGGACGAUGUCCAGAUUGAUAUUGAUGUGCCGCGGACCAUUUCCAGUCAUAUCAUGUUUCGGAGGCGCUAUCGGGGUGGCCAAAGACUCUUGUUCCGUGUUCUCCAUGCCAUGUCCCUAUAUUUUCCUGACACGGGCUACGUGCAGGGAAUGGCAACUCUCGCGGCUACGUUAUUGGCGUAUUACGACGAGGAACAUGCUUUUAUUAUGCUCGUCCGAUUGUGGCAGCUGCGAGGUCUGGAAGAGCUGUACAAGUCCGGUUUUGCUGGUCUAAUGGAAGCCUUGUCCGACUUUGAGCGAGAGUGGCUCGCCGGAGGUGAAGUGGCCACGAAGCUCAACGAGGUUGGAAUCCCACCCACAGCUUACGGCACUCGCUGGUACCUUACACUCUUUAAUUACUCGAUCCCCUUCCCGGCUCAGCUUCGGGUGUGGGAUGUUUUCAUGCUCCUUGGAGAUGCCGAAGACAACACUGGCCGUCCUGCAACCUCUGCAGGGAAGAACAUAGUCCCCACUCCUGAGAACCCAAGGACCUUUGGCCAAGGUCUUGACGUCUUGCAUGCUUCAUCUGCUGCCCUUAUUGAUGGCAUGCGUGAAAUUAUUCUGGAAUCCGACUUUGAGGAUAUCAUGAAAGUCCUUACUAGUUGGGUUCCCAUCAAAGACACCGAAAUGUUCAUGCGUGUCGCUAAAGCGGAAUGGAAAGUCCAUCGUCGUAGGAAAUCUCCUUAA